AUGGCGGGGAUUCGGUGGCCGCCGGAGGACCCGGAGAUCUUCCCUUCCCGGAUGGUCGGCGGCGGGGCUUGGGUCCCCGUCGCGCCCCCGGGGGAGAUGGCGUCGGACGACGACCGGUCGGUGGCCGCGGACUCGUGGUCGAUCAGGAGCGACUACGGCAGCACCCUCGACGACGAUCAGCGCUACGCAGACACCGCCGAGGUCCUCCUCGCCUCCUCCUCCGCCUCCUCCGCGGCCGCGCCCUCCGCGUCGGUUGCCGUCCACCCCUCCUCUGACUUCAGCUUCGACAAGGAUGUCCCUGACUCCAGCGACGUUGAGCCUCGGUUGCUGGGCUUGCAGAAUUUUCAGGAUGGUGCUUAUGCUGAGGAUCUUGCAAAUUUCCAUGAGCGCAGCCACGCUGAUGACUGGUUUGGCACUGAGAUCAUGGAUAUCCGUGUAGGUUGGACCAAAAAUUUGUGCUCAAGCAGGGAUUUACCCAGCUGCAGCGUACUUGACAUUGGGACCGGGAGUGGCAGACUCUUGCAGCAGCUUGCGAAACAGGGGUUUUCCGAUCUGACUGGGAUUGACUAUAGUGAAGGCGUGAUUGAGCUUGCUCGGAACCUUGCAAUUCGUGAUGGGUUUGAGCACAUUAAUUUCUUGGUUGAUGAUGUAUUGGAGUCGAAGCUGGAGAGAAGAUUUGAACUUGUAAUGGAUGAAGGGACUCUUGAUGCAAUUGGGCUGCAUCCUGAUGGACCUGUGAAGAGAAUGAUGUAUUGGCAGUCAGUUGCUAGCUUGGUUUCCCCUGGUGGUAUAUUGGUCAUCACAUCAUGCAGCAGAACCAAGGAUGAGCUGGUGCAGGAGGUAGAAAACUUCAACCAAAGGAAGCUUGGUGCUAUGGGCUCAGAAGGAUUGCCGGCUAGUGAAGCUGCGGUGUUCAGCUACCUCGACCACGUCCAAAGUUACCCUAGUGUGGAUAGUUCUUGCAUCACGACCGUUGCUUUCCUGCAUAAGUGA